AUGACGAAGAUGACGAAGAAGAGUCAAGCCGCAGCAGGAUUGGGCAAUGACGAGAUGGCUCUUCAAUUAUGCUCGAAUUUGUAGUUCUUGAGUAAGAAGGAAUUAGACUUUUUCGCAGUCUUCUUCGGUUCGGGUCACAUUGAAUUUGUUUUGAAUACCCGCCAACCUCUUAUUUAUAUUUCGCCUUUGACGUUCAGGUCCACAUCAGGAGACUUCCUCCUUGUCCACCCUUUUUUGUGUGUCACCGACAAUCAGACUCGUUCGCGUAUGGACGAAGUAUCUUAUCCCUUUUUUGUCCUAUCUUGUCCUAAGCCCUAAACGUCCUAAACCCUAAACGUCCUAAACCGGAGGUACCUUCUAUCUUUAUCAAGCUAGAUAUGCUCCACCAACUUUAUCAAGCUCUUUCGAGCUUACGGCCUGUGGCCUUUGCGCUAAUGAAAAGCACGUUUAUGGUGGGAGCUAAGAGCGGUCGCGGAGGUGUCAAUGACAUUGGAGAGGAACUGGUUGAAAAGGACGGCGAAGGCGCGGUCGAGGAUGCAGUUGAAAACGUUUCCUCUGCAGAGGAGGAAAACAUGGCGGCUAAAUUUCAGCUAAAGUUAAGGCUCGAGUUUGAGCUAUAAUUCUCGAAAUUUUUAGCAAUCAGAGUAGCAGCGCCAGCUUUAGGACGUCGCUUUCUUUUUGGCUCUUCAGAGCCAGCCAUGUCUGCUAGUGAACCUGGUUGUACACCAACAACACAUAACCUAACCCUAAGCCGCUUAUCUAUCAAUCUUGUGCAGGAAGUAGUCGGUCAUCUUGGAAGUCGGAGAGAGUGGGAUCGUCCAAGUAGGAUCCCCGUUCAGGGGUCAUGAGCGCUAAUAAAAUCGGGCAUUAAAAAGAAGAAGAAGGAAGAGCCGCGAACCAGUGGUCUCGACAAUCAGGCGAUGGCCCUUCAGUUAUGCAGCCCUCAUAAAGGCUCUACGCCUAUCCUAUUUUUAGAUGCUUGUGUGGUAGUUCCUAACCAAUUGUUCCUUGUCACAUAGGUUCUCAAAAACGGAAAACUCGAGUGAAUCCAGUGAGACUGGCCUGUCUUACUGAACCAGCUGUUCCUUGUCACAUAGGUUCUCAAAAACCGUUUUUCUCUUUAACGGAAAACUCGAGCGAAUCCAGUGAGACUGGCCUGUCUUACCUCAUUAUACCUUCCGAUCUUAUACCUUCCCAUCUUACAGUACCUUCCUAUAUUAUCCUAGCUUCCUCUCUUACAGUACCUUCCUAUAUUAUCCUAGCUUCCUAUCUUACAGUACCUUCCUAUAUUAUCCUAGCUUCCUCUCUUAUCCUAGCUUCCUAUAUUAUCCUAGCUUCCUCUCUUACAGUGCCUUCCUAUAUUAUCCUAGCUUCCUCCCUUAUCCUAGCUUCCUAUCUUACUUUACUCUGCUAUUCUCGAGCAGCUUCCUCUUUCUCAGUAAGACAGAGCAACCGACAAACAUUGUGUUCAAAAUAUCCAGAUGAGUAGCUUCGCUUUCUUACAGAGAGUAGUCUUUUAAAACAGAGCACGUUUAUGGUGGGAGGUGUGACGGGAGCUAAGAGCGGUCGUGGUGGUGUAGGUGACAUUGGCGAAGAGGUCCUCAGCGACGGACAGGCUGCAGUACAACCGGAAAGUGAUUAUGAGAAAACUUCAAAUAAGCAAGCAAGUCCAAAAAUACUGUUCUAAGUUACAGUAGCUCGCUUAGAUCCCUUUACUCGGCUAUUUCAGUUUAUCGAAUUAUAUGAGAAAACUCACGACUUUCUUCUUCUUUCUCAAACUCAAGGGUUCGCCUCUUUCUGAGCCGCCACAAGGUUCGUCUUUCUUGUUCUUUCAGACGUGAUGACAAGGAAAGUCAACGCGAAAGUCUCGAUCAAAGCUUAAGGUCAAGCUCUGGGGCACUUCUUCUACAUACAUCUUACUAGUGGAUGAGGUAUAUCUAGUAGUAGUUAGAAGUACAUACUUUUCUAACCUCUCGUUGAGGAGGAGUUCGACGACUUUUUGGCAGAGCAAGGACUUGAUGUUGAUGACAACUUGGUGAGUGGUGUUUUUAGGCAAGUCGCGGAUCGAAAGGGCAAAGGGUCCAUAACAUUAAGGCGUUCCCUAAGAUGUGAAGGAUGAUCUAGAAGGUCUCCCAUACCUUUCUUAGAAUCCUCCUAGAAGGUUUUUCCUAAUGAAGGUCUCCCAUACCCAUUUUGAUAAGAGAGAAAGACGUAGUCUUCAGGGGGGAAGGGUGAAGGAUCCCUAACCUAACCUAAUGAAGAUCUUCCCCUCCUCUUCCUCUUGCUGAACUUACCCCCCGAAUGGGUAAACUACUAGUACUACUAGAGAGAACGUGGAUGAAUGAGAGAGAACGACAUCCUGGCGAGUAGAGCGAGAGACGUUGUCUUCACGGGGAAAAGGGAGGACCCUCGAGGAAGAUGCACUAUCUCUCAGAGAACACGUCAUCCUGGACGUGACGUUCUGGCGGAAGAGAGGGACGACCCACCUUCAGGAUAGGGUACUCUCUCCCUCUCUCAAGAUGGAGGAUUCAGAGUUAGAAACGUUUUCAAGGGGAAAACGGAUUCAGGAUGGUCCUGAGGAUGGAUAAGGGUGAGCUGCUCUAAUAACAGCCGAAGAAAGAGCCGAACAGGAGCAGUUUGCGCGGAUGAUGGAGCAACAGGGGGUAGACAAUUCCAUGGGCAGUGACACUCUCGUGAGCGGGUUCGUACGCGCGAUGGAUAAAGGCAAACAGCCAGUUACGUUGUCUGUUCCAUCUGAAUACUAUAGCCGGUUAAUUUUCCCUCAUAUUUAUCCUAAUCAAGCGAGUCUCUGAGGUUGAUGUCAUCUAGAUUACUCGCGUAUUUCAGUCAAACUAGAUCCCUCCGAUCAAACUAGAUCUAAUUCUACUACAAGACCACUAGAGAGCUCAUCGACCAGAGCUUGUAUGAAGGAGAAGGCUCUACUAGAAGACGACAGGACUCAUCUACUACAAUUUGAGAUUCGGUCCUCCAGAAGAGCAAGAAGAUUCGACUAAAUCUUCCUGAGAUCGCUCGUGACUCUACUAGAUCUAUGAAGACUCUAAUAGAUACAACUAUUAGACGAAGACUUGCUAUUUUGUUUUUUGAGUUCUUGUGACAGACUUUUAGUUGCCUCUGCUAAUGAAGAACUGUCUGAAAGUGACCACGACCGCUCUAGUGGGAACUCUUCUGAUGGGCUACGGCUACCCUCAGAA